CCCCACAGGUCACAGAAGGCGGACCUGGCGGACCUGGCACGUUUGCAAGAUCCAACAGCGCUUCGGCAGCUGCCGCUGGUGUCGCCGGAGUACUGGGAGAGGCCACUAAAGGAUUUGCCGGUUGGGCAGUCACAUCCAUAGCUACGAGAGUAAGCAGCAUUUGUGCUCAUUGCAGUAUUACCAGUGUUUUAUCUAAUGAUUUUUGCAUGUCAUAGCUUGCUUCUCCUGGAGAAAUGGCUAGUAGUGCGCCUGUAACUAUGCAAUCAGCAAGCGAUCCAAGCCUGAACAAAUAUGCAGCAAGGACUGUACCUGCGCCAGAUACCCCUAACCCAGAUCGAAUUGCUGAUCGCUUGGUCCUUGCCGACCUAGAUGGAGAUCAUGGUGACAGUUGGGAUAACGAUGAUAACGAUAACCUGAUUGGACUCGAAGAUGAUGCAUGGGAACCACUGGAUACAACGCCAGCACAAGCGCCAGAACCUGUAACGUCCUUCGUUCCCAAAAGAAGUAUGGCUACAUCAGCUGCAAAAACAAUUGUGCCGCCAAAGGUUGAUAGGGCUUUCAAUCCCGGUACUAUGAAGCUUGGUCACAAAACAAAGUUUGACGUGGAUGACUGGGGCUUCGAUGAUGAUGUUGAAACCAAAUCAGCAAAUACAGCUGCUGGCCAUAUGUCUACGAACAGAAGUAUAUCACCUGUUGUAUCUGCACCAGCCACAGUGGCGUCGAACUCGUCUUCAGUGUUAUCGAAAGAAGACCGAAAAGCGGAACUUGAUCGAAGGAGAGAAGAGAGAAAGCAACGUAUGGCGGAGCUCCGGGAUAAGAAGAAAACUGGCGGUAUAGGUGCUAAAAAAGUAUAACGCGCUUCUUGCCAUUUUGUCUGUGCUUCUCGCUCCAGGGACAGGUUUUGGUUUUUUUUUUUUUCAUUUUAGACAUGCUUAAAAAAUAACAACCUCCACGUAUAAUAAAGCCGUGGUGAAAUACUGCUAUCAUUUAUUUACAACUUUAUUUAU